UCGUGUAAUUCAUAAUCACAUACAUAGUACAGCAAAACAUUAGUGAAAGGUUUGUAGCUUGUAUUACAUCUAAACAUUUGUUAAAAUUACUUUGUGUACUAAAAUGACACACAGGAGAGUUAGUUUAGGACUCAAAAUAAUUCCCCUUAGUGAUAAUGGUAUUAUUCAACCAUUCUAGUAGUUUCACCUCCAUAUUUUAAAUGGAAAUCUGAAAUAGUUUCCAGAAAUUUUAAUUUUCUUAUUGAAUUCACAAUAAAUGACAUGGAGGAUUGGAUGUAACUGAGAAUCAUCAUUUCUGCUGAUUUUAUUCUGUGCUUUACCAAGUAGCAUUUUUAAUGCAGGGGAUAUUGGGGAAAUUUCACAAAACUCACAGAGGAAAUUACAAAUAAAUAAAUGGUCAAAUAAAUGAAAUAAUAAUUAUUACAUUAAAUGCACCAACAAUAACAAUUACAUAAAUGUAGGCAUUUCGGAACAUAGGUUAAUAAUUUGAUGUUUUAAUUUCCCCCUCUAUUCCCUAGCAUUAGUUCAACUGUAUCAAUACCCAUUAGAUUCAUGAAUUUAUGCAGUUUUAAAUGUAUUUAUUUGCUUAUGUUUUUAUUUCUGUAUUGUGUUACCCUUGCAUUUUUGCAUUUCUUCAUUCAUUUCUGCUUCAUUUGUUUUUCUCUAUACUGAGCCAUUUAUUUAUUUCAGUUUAGCAGUUUCAGUCUUCCUACAAAAGGCUUACAAGAGUUUAAAUUACUAGUUUGAAGUGUGACUUGUUUUUUUUGUUGCAGGACGCUUUUAUUCUGAAGUCAAAUAUGCCACACUUCCGGUACGUUUGUCGCUACUUUGACGUUUCUCCGCUUUUGACGUAUGAAUCAUCCUUCCCAAGAUGGCGAUGCACCUGUGUCUUCGGUGGUGAUCCUUGUUGUUGUCUGCGCAACAGAAGAAAUCAAAGCGUCUGAAAACAGACUGUUAAAAAAAACUGGCGCUGUAGAAAAACAUCCGGAGUGAAGUUCUGCAUCCAGAAUGUCGACAGAGGAGCUGUCAGCCUCGGACAGCGAGGCCGUCGUCGCCGGCGCAGGGGAGCGAUGGGCACCGGUCGGCGCUGUGGCCAGUCCCGAGGAGGAGAGCGGCAGCGGGAAGGCUCGCCAGCCGAUGCAGAGACGCACCUCCUCGGCCACAGAGGAGGAAAUGGCCGUCAGGCUGGAGAAGCUGGAAGAGGAGCAGGCCCUGCUGAACUCCUCUCUCCUCGCCCUCACCUCACACUUCGCUCAGGUCCAGUUCCGACUGAAGCAGAUAGUUCACGCCCAGAGCGAGGAGAAAGAGAGGAUGCUGGUGGAGCUGGAGGAGUUCGCCUUCAGGGGCUGCCCGCAUGUGGUGGGCUGCCGGGCUCAGGAUGCCAAACAGCUGGAGAACUCGGAGGAUCUGAGUGAGAGAGAGAAGAGGGAGCGCCUGGAGGCUCAGAGGGAGAAACAGAAAGAUCUAAUUUUCCAACUGAAGACACAGCUGGAUGAUCUCGAGCGCUUCGCCUAUCAGGAGGGCAGCUACGACUCGCUGCCGCAGUCUGUUGUCAUGGAGAGGCAGAAGGUCAUCAUUGACGAGUUGAUCAAAAAGUUGGACGUGAACCUGAACGAGGACAUCGGGAACUUGACGCCGGAGGAGCUCAGACAGAGAGUGGACUCUGCCAUCGCUCAGAUAGUGAACCCAGCUAGGGUCAAAGAGCAGCUGGUGGAUCAGCUCAAAACCCAGAUCAGAGACCUGGAGAUGUUCAUCAACUUCAUUCAGGAUGAGGUUGGUAACCCCUUAUUAUCAGAUGGUGGACUCAGCCAGCAGCCACAAGCAGCAGGGACCAACGGCAGAACUCCAGGAGUGAAGAAGAAAGUGGACCCCGAGCAGGCCCAGAAGAUGCGAGAAACUGGCCUGCAACUGAUCCAGAAAGCCAUCGCCGUGCUUCAGAUCUUUGCUGCGAGCCAGUUCGGCUGCGCACCCGGCCACGUUCCCCAGAGCAUGUGGCCUCCGGAGCCAUCAGGUCAGGACUACGGGCCCCUGUUGCAGCGUCUUGAGGCAGCUGUCGAUAAGGUGCGAGUGCUGGGUUCCUGUAGACAGCCGUCCCUCGAACAUGUCGUCAACUACACCAGCAACAUGGCCCUCGGACCUCGUGACGAGCUGACGACGUCCGUGAGGAAGGAGUUGGCGUUUGCUCUGAAAGACUUGUUGGCUCAUGGCCUCUUCUCCCCCUCCCAGACCAUGAGUCUGGUGCUGGCACCCAUCUCCUGCCUGCUGCCUUACAGACCAGCCCCACAGACCAUGCACCCAUGGGAGCUCUUCGUUAAAUACUACCAGGCCAAAAACGGACAAGCCUUCGUGGAGUCACCAGCCCGCCAGCUUUCACAGUCCUUCAGUCUGCCUGUAGGGGGCGGCCCUGUGACCGUCACCCCUAAACAGUCUUUGCUGUGGGCCAUUCACACUGUGCUGAAGGAGCAUGGACGCUACAAACGUGGACCAGACACAGAGUUCAAAGCGCUGGUGUGCAUGGCUCUGAACGAGCAGCGCCUGGUGUCAUGGCUCAACCUGCUGUGUAAGUCUGGGACCCUCAUUCACCCGCACUACCAGUCCUGGAGCUACAUGGCCCAGACCGGCUUCGAAGGAGCUCUGCGAAUCCUUGGCCGCAUCAGCCACCUCAAAUUCAACCUCCCAGUGGACCUGGCUGUCCGGCAGCUGAAGAACAUUAAGGAUGCUUUCUGAAGAUGGAUAACGAGGCAUAAAAAAAGUAGAGAAACACCAGUCUCAGAAAUUAAGUAUUUUACCAGCUUAACUACACUGCUUAUACCUGGCAUUCAGGACCAAAAGCAUGACAUUGUGCUUAAAGUAUGUAACCUUAUUGAAGGUUAUUUAAGUAGCCACCCAUCUAAAGUGAAGUGCAAGUGUGUGUCGUCUACAGUACAUGCAUGGAUGAUUAUGUUGUGUGAACUUUUGCCGUAAACAACCAUAAUCUGCGUAUCCUACUGUGUUUUAAGAUGCCAAAAUGUCUACUUGUACUGUAAACAUGCCUUAGAGUGGAGACUGAGAUUACCUCAUCCUUAGUGAAGCCUUCCUGACCUUUGCGACCUGUGGUCAUCACACAGUAUCAUUCCCCUGUGAACAUGAUAGUGCCCUAACCUAUGCAGCAAAAAGAGAGGCUAGAUUUGUACAGUAAUCAGUACUGUAACCUGUGCUUGUUGACAUGUGGACAAUCCAGGAUGAGAAAUGUGCUAAAACACUACUAGAUACUGUGGCUUUUACACAGUAACUGAGAGCUUGUUGUUGUUGAUGUUUUGAUCCUUGUUCAGCCCAAUCAUCAGCAUAAAUGCUGACAACGUAAGUUUCUGCAAACCAUGGAUAUGCUGAAAGUUUACAUUUCUUUAGGUUCAGUAUUCAAUUUAUGUUGUGACAGCAAAAACGUCUAGUUUCGUUGCAACAAACACAGCUGGAAAUAUUCCCGCGUCUAAAUAUAUCCAGUGGUUUCAUGCUUACAAAGGUGGAAACACAGUCUGGAACAGUGGUUUCUGGCUCGAGAGCCAUUUCUUCAAAAAUAUCUGGGUUUUCUUGCCUCCAACUUGGCUGGAAAUUGUCCCAGCGUCUCACAAAAAUAUCCCGUUUUGUUGCCACAAACACAGCUGGAAAGAUCCCGACGUCUCAAUAACUAAGUUCACUGGUUUCACGCCUUGGCACAUUUCUUCAUUAGGGUCAAGAAAUGAACGAAGCAAGAAAAUGUCCCAACGUCUCAUCAAAUAAUUUGCAAUUUUGUUGCCUAUGAAUGCAUCUGAAAAAUGUCACGAUGUCUCGUGCAAAGCAUGCAGGGGUUUCGUGCUUACAAAUGCUGACAUGCUGUCCGUAACAGUGGUCUCUGCCUUGGCAACCAUGUCCCUUAGCUGCCACGCUACAGCUAUGCCUUCCUCGCUUGACACGAAAGUCAAGUCAUACACACAGUAUGGACUGCGAAUGUUAUCCAACAUGUGUAGAUUAUAUGAUUUGAUGGGUAGAAAUAUAAACAUAUAUAUGGUUUGCAGAGACAUACAAUGCAAUGUUUUUACUCUGGCGUCUGGGCUGUUUUGUUGGUGUUUGAACUGCCCUGUUGUUCAGGUGGUAAAUCCAUGUGUAGCAGACUGGUUGAUCAUAAAGCUAAAAACAGUAGCAGUCAGGUCAACUUGAACAGAAAAACAAAAGUUUCCAUCCUGUUGCACGGUGCAGUCGUGACGUUAAAAGUGUUGUGUAACAUUAUGCAGUAGUAAGUCAUGCGCCCUUGACUCCAUUUUAAACCUCUGAGGCUGUUAUCACUUGUUGCACAUUUUUUAUCAGGUGUGUGAACAAGAAUCUAGACCCUGUAUGAACUGCUGCUUUUCUCCUGUUCCAGGUGUAGUAACAAUUAUGACAGUGAUAUUGUAUGAUUGGGAUUUAUAUAAUGGUGUAACAGCUUAAAUCUCAUACGUAACAUGAUUGUAGGAUAUAAAAUGUUUUGUUUUUUUCCCCCGUUUUUCAUAGAAAUGUGUGAGACAGCUGCGUUUGCACGUAUGAUAUCCUCAAAUGCUGAAUGUACAAAACCGUAGAUGCUUUUAAACUGAAGUGAGUUUGUAUCUGCUGUAUGUUUCCCUGCUGUUUAUGGGAGUGAAACUUCAGUGUUCCUGAUCUCACCUGUAUGUAUUAAACCUCUGAGAGUAGGCAUGCUGAUAAAAGACCACUGCAUUUAUGUUUGAAACUUUAUUGCACUUUGUGACUUGAGUGCACCUAAAGAUACAUUUGAUCAUUUAUUUUAUGUUACUGUGUAAGUAGAAAAUGUGUGUUCUGUUCAGGCGAUAUUUAGUCAGCAUAACGGUAUGGUUUGCUUCCUAUUUCCCCAUUCACUUUAUUUUAAUGUUGUGUUUUAUGAAGCUGUCAUGUUGUGAUUUAUGGAAAGACACAUUUAUUUAUUUAUUUGAUAGCAUGUUUGGGCUCAACGCUGAAGUAGGAGAACCAUAUCAGAACACUUUGUUUAAGUAGCUGCUGAGCUGUAGCUGUUCAGUCUGGGAGCAGUAGACACACUGAAUCAUUUAAAUCUAAGCUAUUUAUGUUAUUUUAUUUCAUUGCUUUAAUCAGAAAUAAUAUAUUGGGAUAUAUAAAUUGUGUUUAUGUUAUGUUUUUAUCAUGUUUAAUGCAUUCCUACAGCUGUAAAUGAAUUAAACAGAGUAACUGAA